AUGGGUGCUAGAGCAGGUCCUCCUGAUGGUUCUGAAGAAUCAAAGAAGGAAUGGGGUAAGUAUGAGUAUCCAGGUGAUGUUAAGCACAUGAAAUGCCAUAAUUGUUUCUGUGCAAUCGUAUUUUUAAUUUUAUUUGGCUGCAUGAUUGCACUUUUAGUCAUUGGUGUCCUCCGCGCCAAGGUCUGGACACUAACAAAAUCAUGGGAUACCCAUGGUUUCUAUUGUGGAUUCGACAAUUCACAGCUAAAUAUCAAAGGUGCUCCAGAAGGCCUUGUUAAGCCAAAUUUAGUCGACUAUCCAUACUUAUUCUUCGAUGCUCUUAAUGUUACUCGUCAAAUAUGUGUUUCAAAAUGUCCUACAAAUGGAGAUUUACAAGCAAUUAUUAAGCAUAACGUUACUAAGUCCGAAAACGUUACAUACCUUGAUAAUACAACCUACAACACAAACUACUAUCCAGAUGCCAACGAAACUUACGAAUACAAGACAACAGUAGUCUUCAACAGAUGUAUCCCAGAAGUUAACCUCGAAGAAGACCUUAUCAACGGCACACAGUUCAUCGAUGGCUUGAAGCAAGCAUUAGAUGCUAUUCCAGCCCUUUCCAGUGCCUUGAAUUCCGUAUUCAAUCUAAAAUGGCAGAUUCUUGCAUGUUCCGCCGCCUCUCUCAUUGUUGGCUUAGUUUGGAUCAUGUUACUACGUUGCAUUACAGGCUGCAUAGUCUAUUUCGUCGUAAUGCUCGUUCCUAUUGCUCUAAUUGGCUUCGGUGUCUGGUUAUUCAUGAAAGGAUCAUUAAUGGGCACAAUAUCCGAGGUAGUUAAAACAAAGAAACUUACAGGAUCGCAGAUAACCGCUGUAAUUGUUUGGGUUAUUGCAUUCAUGGUCAUUUUGAUCAUUAUCUUCCUUUGGAGCAAGCUAAAAUCCACUGUAGCCAUCAUUAAAGUUGCCGCCAAAGCUCUUGGUCAUAACUUCAUGGUCAUAUUUGUUCCAAUAAUUACGAUGAUCUUUGCUUUUCUUUUAUGGGCCGCAUUAUUAGUUUCUUCUGUAACUCUUUAUACAUCAGCUGAUUUCAAGUACUGGGUUGAUGAUGAUGGUCUCGAUAAAGGCAUUGGACAAAUCAAAUUUGAUUUGAACAAAGUUCUUCAAUACAUGUUGAUAUAUAACUUUGUUUAUUUAGUUUUUAUUUCAGUUCACAUGUAUUUUGUUAAUUAUUAUGCAUCUAGUGUUACAUUAGUUAAAUGGUAUUUCACGGGGCAAGAAGGAAAAACAUGUUGUGGCUGUACUUGUUUUUAUGGAUUUUGGCUUGCAUGGACGAAAGGAUUAGGAACUAUUACUAUUUCUAGUUUGAUUAUGACACCUCUUUAUUUGUUUAUUAUAUUCAUGGAAUAUUUGGAUAAGAAAUCCAAACAGGAAGGAGCACCAAUAAUUGUUCAGUUCCUCAUUAAAUGUUUGAAAUGUUGUUUGUGGUGUUUCACAAAAAUUGUUCAAUAUUUGAACAAAGUAUUAUUCACAAUUCAACAGAUAUUUAAUACUAAUUGGGGUCCGUCUGCUAAAUUAGUUAUUGAUGUAGUUGUUUCUGAUACUCUAUUGACAAUUAUGUUGAAUGGAAUUUCUUUCUUCAUUUUGUUCUUGUCGAAAGUUGUUGUUUCUAUUAUAACAACGCUUGGUUUCAUGAUAUGGGUCUAUUACGUAAAGAAAGACUCAAUUGCUGGUUCAAUUUUGGCUGCAGCUGCUGUUUUCUUCCUUUCUUAUAUUGUGUCUUCUUUCUUGUUGUCUGCUUUCGAUAAUAUUAUUGAUAUUGUUUUCGUUUGUUACCAAUCAGAAAAAUCUAUCCCUGGAUAUGAAGCUGGCGAUGCUUCUAAGAUGGUCAACCAGACAAUUACUGAUAUGAAGGGUGCUCACGAGAAUGCCAAUACAAGCAGCAAAGUUUCAGCUGAAAAAUUGGAAGAUGAAAAUGAAAUGAAAGAAUAA